GCCGCGCGACAAAGGCUGAACCGGGAGGAGGAGGCCGAGGAGGGGGAGGAGGAGGAGAGAAAGGCGGGGACGGCGAGCGGCCGCGGCGGCGGGGAGAGCGGAGGGAGCGCCGCCCGCCCGCGCCGUCCUUUGUGUGGCGGCGGCGGCGCCUGGGCCUGACCCGGGUCCCCGGGGCUUCGCGCCGGGCUUCGCGCCGCCCCUCCCGCGCCCCUACCAAGCGGGCGCCUAUCCUCCGAGCAAGAUGGCAACCCCGGCGGCGGUCAACCCUCCGGAAAUGGCUUCAGACAUACCUGGAUCUGUGACGUUGCCCGUUGCCCCCAUGGCAGCCACCGGACAGGUGAGGAUGGCGGGGGCCAUGCCUGCCCGUGGAGGAAAGCGGCGUUCCGGAAUGGACUUCGAUGAUGAAGAUGGUGAAGGCCCCAGUAAAUUUUCAAGAGAGAAUCAUAGUGAAAUCGAAAGGCGCAGGCGGAACAAGAUGACUCAGUACAUCACGGAGCUCUCCGACAUGGUCCCCACAUGCAGCGCACUGGCUCGGAAGCCAGACAAGCUCACCAUCCUCCGCAUGGCCGUCUCGCACAUGAAGUCCAUGAGGGGGACAGGGAACAAGUCCACUGAUGGCGCGUACAAGCCUUCCUUCCUCACAGAGCAGGAACUGAAGCAUCUCAUCCUUGAAGCAGCUGACGGAUUUCUGUUUGUGGUGGCUGCUGAGACAGGGCGAGUGAUUUAUGUGUCUGACUCCGUCACCCCUGUUCUGAACCAGCCCCAGUCAGAGUGGUUUGGGAGCACACUGUAUGAACAGGUGCAUCCUGAUGACGUGGAGAAGCUGAGAGAGCAACUGUGCACCUCAGAAAACUCAAUGACAGGCCGGAUCUUGGACCUGAAGACUGGGACGGUCAAGAAAGAAGGGCAGCAGUCAUCCAUGAGGAUGUGCAUGGGCUCGCGGCGGUCUUUCAUCUGCAGGAUGAGGUGUGGAAAUGCUCCUUUGGACCACCUUCCUCUAAACAGAAUAACCACCAUGAGGAAAAGGUUCAGGAAUGGCCUUGGUCCUGUGAAAGAAGGAGAAGCCCAAUAUGCUGUGGUCCACUGCACAGGAUACAUCAAGGCCUGGCCACCAGCAGGAAUGACCAUACCUGAAGAAGACGCUGAUGUGGGACAAGGCAGUAAAUAUUGCCUCGUGGCAAUUGGGAGACUCCAGGUGACCAGCUCUCCUGUAUGCAUGGACAUGAAUGGGAUGUCAGUGCCCACAGAGUUCUUAUCCCGGCAUAACUCCGAUGGAAUCAUCACGUUUGUGGAUCCAAGAUGUAUCAGUGUGAUUGGCUACCAACCCCAGGAUCUUCUGGGAAAGGACAUUUUGGAGUUCUGCCACCCUGAGGAUCAAAGCCAUCUGCGUGAGAGCUUCCAGCAGGUGGUUAAGCUGAAAGGCCAAGUCCUGUCGGUCAUGUAUCGAUUUCGCACCAAGAACCGGGAGUGGAUGUUGAUCCGCACCAGCAGCUUCACAUUCCAGAAUCCCUAUUCUGAUGAGAUUGAGUACAUCAUCUGCACCAACACCAAUGUCAAGCAACUUCAGCAACAGCAGGCAGAAUUGGAAGUGCACCAGAGAGAUGGAUUGUCAUCGUAUGACUUAUCCCAGGUCCCCGUCCCCAACCUACCAGCCGGUGUUCAUGAGACUGGGAAGUCCGUGGAAAAGGCGGAUGCAAUCUUCUCCCAGGAAAGAGAUCCUCGGUUUGCUGAAAUGUUUGCAGGAAUUAGUGCAUCGGAGAAGAAGAUGAUGAGCUCAGCCUCUGCAGCAGGAACCCAGCAGAUCUACUCCCAAGGAAGCCCAUUUCCCUCUGGACACUCUGGAAAGGCCUUCAGCUCUUCAGUGGUUCAUGUGCCUGGAGUGAAUGAUAUUCAGUCCUCUUCUUCCACGGGCCAGAACAUGUCCCAAAUCUCCCGGCAGCUAAACCAGAGUCAGGUGGCGUGGACAGGGAGUCGCCCGCCCUUUCCGGGACAGCAAAUCCCAUCUCAGUCCAGCAAGACUCAGUCAUCUCCCUUUGGGAUUGGAACGAGCCACACCUACCCGGCAGACCCCUCUUCCUACAGCCCCCUCUCCAGCCCAGCUACCUCCUCGCCAAGCGGGAAUGCCUACUCCAGUCUUGCCAACAGGACUCCAGGGUUCGCUGAAAGUGGACAAAGUAGCGGGCAGUUCCAAGGGCGGCCUUCGGAAGUCUGGUCGCAGUGGCAAAGCCAGCACCACGGCCAGCAGAGCGGUGAGCAGCACUCCCACCAGCAGCCCGGUCAGACUGAAGUGUUCCAGGACAUGCUGCCCAUGCCGGGAGAUCCAACCCAGGGGACUGGCAACUAUAACAUCGAAGACUUUGCUGACCUGGGCAUGUUUCCGCCGUUUUCUGAGUAGCUGCGGGCAGAGUGAGGCUCCUGCUGUACAGUGCCACCCAUACUGUGAUGUCGACGCCCGUGUGAACGAGGCCCACCCUCGCCCUGCUUGCCCUGCCGCAGGUCCCCCCACCAGAAGCCAUCUCCCCUGCUGUGUGUCCCCAGGCGCGUCAUCGCUCCACUCUCCCCUGCAGCCGCGGCUGCUGGGCCACUGACCGGGGGCCCUGGCAGACAUUAGGGGAUCAGUUGUAUUUAUUGUAUUUUAUCUGUGUGUGCUCAGGAGGUGAGCCUAGUGGGUCCUUAAGUUUGGUUGUGAAUAAUCUCUUAAUAGACAAUUUACACCCAUGAAAGUUCAGCCAAUGCCCAGAGCGACCAAGCAGCACCAGCAGGCCUGCCCAGGAUGCUGAAAGCAGAUUUCUUCUUGCUUUUCACUUCUGAUGGAUGCGUGGGGCUCUGGGGGAAUGCUGGAAAAAUGGGCAAGCAGAUUGCACAGCCCUUGUUCUGCCAGCUGGAGCCAAGAAGCACAGAGACACAGAGGCGCCUGCCCCUCAGCUCCGCUGGUCUGUCUGUGCAUCCAUUGUGCUGUGGGACAUAUGUAAUUUGUGCAGAGUGACAUGGACUUGCUGUCCUGAUGGAUGUGUUGUGCCUUGUGUCUGUCAUGUGUGGCCAGCGUGAGUGUAUAGAAUCCAGAGUAUGUAGAGAGCCAAAAUGUGUGGCCCUGUCCCCAAGCUCAGCAGCACCGGCCAUGACCAGAGGAUGCUCGGCCCAGGGUCUGGGAGCUGGGCUAACAGGCUGACACUUCAGCAGGGUCACCAGGAAGCACAGCUAGGGGCAUGCUCACAUGGAUAGGUCAGUUCUUUGGUCCAAGCCUCUGGUGCAGAUUCAAGCUCCUCCUCUUAGAGGAAGAAGCCCCUUCCUCCCACAGGAGCCCCACGGGAGCACUCACCCUCCUCCCAAUUGGAUCUGAAUAGCUGUGUUCCUGAUCCCACAUAAGCAUGUCUCAUCCUUGCCCCACUGGUGAGAGGAGGACCUUGUGCCUGCCCAGAGCCUGCAGGACAGCACACCUUGAGGUCAGAGGCCUGGCCCUUCUUUACAGAUGUAGACAGCAGGGUAGGACGCCCAGGCCUCCUCACACGGGCACCGUGAAACAUUUUCUUCCAGGCCACCUGAGCCUUCGUUCUUCAGCCCGACUGAAGGAACAGCAGCUCUGGGAGGCACAGAGUGCAGGUCUCAGGGGCAGAAGACUUGGGUUCCAGUUCUGGUUCUGCCACACACCCACUGGCCUUGAAUUUCUCUGGUGGUCUCAAGACAAGAACAAGAGCUGACUCUAGAAUCUUCUGCCUGGCUGACCUCUGAGCCCAUGAUCCCUGGCUUGCUGUGCUUCUCUUGGAUUUGAGGAGAGUUUAAGAAUCCAUCCCCCUGUUUUCAGGGACCUCUGUCUUCUCCCACACCCCUUGCACUAGUGAGGACUCCUUCGGCCUCUUGUGUUUCCUUCCUUUUGUGACCAUUACGCUCCCUCUCCCUGUUUCUUAUCACCAACCCAUCAGCCCACUGACUCCCAUAUGGUAGAAAAUGUACCGUGGCUGCCGCAGGGCACGUGGAGGGACCCACCCUCUGGGAAAGCACUUGUGUCCCUCCCAGAGUCCUUCAGGUAGGCCCUCGUAGACACUGCUUGGUAGUGCAAAUGCUCAGAAACAACCUGUGCAUCCCUGCCCAUGGAUUCUGCAGGACCCAGAAGAGUGGCAUUGGUUCUAGGAACCUGAGAGUGGAGUGAGGCCAGCAUGCAGGAAGGAGUUUGGAGAAAGUGUUUGCUGUGAUCCAUUGAAAACUCCACGUUAAACCCCAGCCCUGUCUGGCCAGGGAGAUCCAUGUGCUCAAUGUUGCUGGGGGACCUACAAAAGUCAAACAUUGCUCAGUAAAAUGCCUUUGGCUGGUCGCCAGCUGUGCAUGACUGCAGUUCCUAGACUCUAACUUAACCCCAGCUUUGCAGUUUCUAGAGCUUUUUGUCUAUAAUGGUGAUUGGGUGUCCAUUGUAGAUGCAUGCAAUGUUAACUCCAACCUCAGAGGCUUUCUUGCUUCUGGGGAAAUGGCAGGUGGUUGAAACCCUGCACAUCCUCCCAGGGCCAGCCCCAGAAUGGGCCUUUCUCUGCCUGCCCUGCCCUUGGGGCCACCUCUGCCUCCAGCAGCCUUGAGCUUGCCCCAGGCCUUGGGCAUAAUUAUUUUCCCCCAAAAAAGGCAGAAAAAUAGGUUUUGGAUCAAAGAAGUGUUUCUCAGUGAAAUGAAAACAGACUUUUUAUAGCCUUUAGCUUGUGAGUUUGGAAGUCUAGGGGGUCUUAUGUUUGUUUUGCCUCUUCUGUUUCUUGGAGGAGAGUUGAGGCUUUUCUUAGGUGCAUACACAGGCCCAGGUGAACACGCUGACUGUGAACCUGCCCCGUAUCCGGAGCCGUGCUGGGCACUGAGGGAAUGCAACAAAAUUAGGAGAGGAUCCUUGCUCCCAACAUCUACUUCUCCUACCUCAACAGGGGUUCAGGGUGCAGUGAACUCAGUUCUUGGCCCUUGGGUGAGGAUUCAUGGAUGAAUGAAAGCUAGACCUGAUGGGGAGGCAUUAUGACUAAAUAGGCCCAGCCUCCUUCCCUUCCAGCUCUGUCCUAGGAGCACAGGUGGGAAAUCUGAGUAGAGUCUGACCCCACUUUUUGCUUAUGAUUUGUGAAAGCUGUCAUGGGGCCAAUAAGAAAAUAGGGGUGAUAGAGGGGGAGAAGCCCAGGACUGUGAGAAUCGCACGCACCCCAGGGUUUUUCACCAAGGAUUUUCAAGACAAACUGGAGUAAGAAUUAAAGGCCCAGAGGAUUUAAUUAUCCUGGUUUGCAAAAGAGCCUCCCAUGCCAGUCCCACCCAGCCUUGGAGGCCAGAAUGCUCAUGGUCCCUGUGGUCUGCUUGUCCUUCAGCCUAUGCCCAGCAGAUAACUCUCUGACUGGAGACGGGCUCGAAGCUGGAUUAGGAAGGGGAGAGGCACUUGUGACUUUGUUUGACUCUGUGACUCACUUCCUCGCUCACACCUUGUUUGAACUACUAGACUUUCAACUGGCUUUCCUUAGGCCAGGCAAGCAGACAGCUUCCCACAGAAGAGGUCUGUACAGUGACAACCCGGGCCAGCAGCAAGGACACAGAUGCAGCCACAGUAAGGCUCCAUCAGGACUGGGUCAGUGAUGGCAACAGGAUGGCCAAGGAUGGCUCUAGAACACUCUGUCCAUGUGUCACUCCUCCCAGUUUUAUUUUUAGCUUUGGCUUCAGGGAGUGACAGCCAUCACAAAUAGCCACAUUCUGCUCUACUCUCCAACAUACCAAAUUCUACACUGUUGUUAUUUCAUGAGACGUGAAUAUUGCAGAGAGUGGGGGGAUUCUGGUUGUUAAGGAACUUACACUGGGGAGCUUCAUUCUUCCGUGUCAAUAACGUGACUACAUGUUCUCCAGAUUAGCCACACGUGCAAACAUCAGUGUCCUUCUAGCUUUAGCCGAGAGAGAAACUAGUCCCAGGGAAUGAACGGUGGUCUCCCCACUCCCAGCAGCACUUUGGGCAGCCCAUAAACUAUGCGAGAAUGUGAACACUCACCUCUCUGGGCUAACCUUGCUCCAUCACGGUUCUGACCUGCCACAUAAACAGGAAGAAGCCAGUGACCGGAACAGCUCUAGGAAUAACAAGUCAGAAUAGAAAUGUCCUUUAUAUUACCAGAAAAUAUGGGCUUGGCCUAAGUUGCUGUCUCCUAACCUGCCAGGAGUCAUUCCCCACCAAACCCCCCGUACUAAGGAUCCAUGAGCCACUUGGACAUUCACCUUUUCUUUGACCAUCUGGAGUCUGGGGCAAUUUAAGGAGGCACCACACAGUGGUGCAGGCACAUUUCCAAACGUAGGUGUCCAUGGCUUUUGUGGCCAAAGCUGGUGUUAUGGUCAACAACGGGCCAGGGCCUGCGGGGCACUGACCUUGAAAGUGGCAAAAUGGAGGUUUCACAGGCUGUGCGGGAACAGGAUGGCUCGCUUCAUCUAACAAUCUCAGUUUCCUUUAAAAAAAAAAGGAAGAAAGAAAAAGAUUUCAUAAGCAGGUGUCAGUGGACAGUUUAAGCACUUAACCAUUUCUCUUUCUUCUUAUGGAUGUGAACUGUGCUGUGGAUAAAUCAUUUGUAUUUCUUGAAUGUUCUCUAUGACUAACGGUUAUUAAGUCGGUUGUGUACAUGUGUAACUAAUGUAACUCCCUUUUAAAAUUUCAUUACAAUAAAAAUGACUUUGCUCUGAA